AUGAGUUCACAUCAUUUAUCUGUUAUCACAAUAUUAGCUACUUAUUAUCCUUUAUGUUUAACAUGUGUAACAACAAUAUUAAAUAGUUUCGUAAUAAUAAUUUUCUAUCAAAAAGUAUUUCGUCAACGUCCAACUAUACGUUAUAUGCGUGUAAUUGCAUUUGUGGAUAUAUUUUUAGUUUAUGGAUGGAAUUUAGAUCAUUUUUUUCGUUUAAAAUUUGGCUUUGAAGUUGAUCGUUUAUCAGUUCUAUCAUGUAAAUUAUCAACAUAUUUUAAUCAUGUUUUAAGUCAAUCAUCAGCUUGGUUACGUGUAUGGAUGUGUGCCGAUCGUUUUUAUGCAUUAAAUCAAGUUCGACAACGUCGUGCAAUUCAUCAACAUCGUCGUGUUAUUGUUCUUAUUAUAUCAACAUUUAUUUCAAUAAUACUUAUUAAUCUUCAUUUACCUAUAUUCUCAUGUUAUUCAUAUAUAAAUCAUAAUGAAACAAAAAUUGGUGGUGGAUCACUUCAUUUCCAGAUUUAUCCAAUAUGGAAUUAUAUUAAUUUAGCAUUAUAUAAUAUAAUACCAUUUAUUCUCAUGUUAACUUUUAAUAUAUUAAUUAUUCGACAUUUAAUUUUAAUAAAAAGAACAUCAAGUAUACAAAAAUCUCGUAUUCGACAUACAUCAAUAUCAAUACCAAUUCUUGUAUCAGCAUUUCUUUUUUGUUUAAUGACAACACCACCAGCAAUAAUAUUUGCUUUUUUUCAUAAAGUAAUACAAUCAAGUAUAUUUCAAAAUUAUCUUUUAAGUCUUAUAGAUUCAAUAAAAUAUACUUAUCAUGCAUUAUCAUUUUUCUUAUAUUUUGCAACAUUAAUUGAAUUUCGAACUGAAUUUUUUCGUUUAUUAUUCUGUCGAUUUUUGAAUACAAGCAGAUUAUCACAGAUUAUAAGUAAUACAACAAGUGGAAGAGCUAAUCGAUAUAAAACACAAUCGAUUCCACUUCCAACAAUUACAAAAUCAUAA